GUCCGACUGCGUUUCAGCGCUCCCAGAAGUUGCGAUAGAAGAAAUCGAACGGGAGCUAGAAGCAGCUGCUAAGAGAACUUCUAGACCAGGAAAUAAAGAGCCUGGAAGUAGUACGUCUACGUCUUCGGCAAAUAAAGAGAAGCCGAAGCCGAUCGAAGAACUCUACCCCUCGCUCUUUGGUUCGCCACGGAAAAAGACCGCGGACGAUCACGAUCAACAUGACUCGCAGGAGGCGGGAAAGAGCAAAGCUGCCAAAGCAGGCACAACUACUUCUGCAGCGGGGACGACCGACAAGCUGCCAGUCCAGGAUGAAGUUCUUGACGCGCGCGCUCUCAUGUCGGAGUCUCUCGUUGCCGCAGACGGUUUUCUCGCCACGACGCUGCAGCCGAUGAAGAUAAGCUUCAACACGCUGCGCGAUCUGCAUCUGCACGAGCGAACAAAGAUGACGCUGAUCCUUGAGAAACAGGCAAAGCAGAUCGCGGAAAAUGAGCAGAAGGAGAGUGACGCGGUGCGAGAGAACACGGAACUCCUCGCGGAGAAUCGGAGACUCCGCAACGACGCGGAGAUGAAAAAGCUGCAGUUUGACCAGGUUUUGGCGGAAAAGGCGAAGGAGGACGAGCAGCAGCAGCUUUUCCAGAUCGAGCAACAGUACACGCUGCGGGGAAACCUCCGCGAGAAGAUGUCGGACAUCGAGAAGCUGACCCAACGGGUGGCGGUAUCGUGAGGAAAAAUCUCCCCUCCCCAUACCAAAAGGGGGCACUUCUGAAAAUUUGUGAUGCUGAUUUGUGGCCACAAAUCGUCUCUGUAUUGCAAGAAGGCAAGUCCAGAGACUCCGCCACCUUUUGCAGGCGGUUUGUGAUGCUGCUAAGCCUACAGGCGGGAUCUCUGUCUUGCUAAGUAGAGCCUACAUCAGAACACCCCCGCCCGUGCUUUGUAUCUGCCUGCAUUCCUCUACUGCAAGACAAAGCUGAUAUCUGUACACAGUUCCCGCAUCACAGAUUUCGACUUUGAUAUGGGGAGGGGGGAUUUUUCAUUUUGAUAUGCGGAGCAGGAGAAGGAGAAGUAUCUGUUGCAAACCAAGAUCGACGAGUUUGAGGACGAGAAAACGGAUUUGGUGCGGUUCCACGAACGGGAAAUCCACGCGUGGAAAGCGGCGAAGGACGAUCUGGCGGAGGAGCAGAGGGAGUCCAAGCAGCAGUUGCAGGACAUCAUCCAGCGGUUAGAAGAAGAGAAACAACAGAACAAAACCUUGUUCGACCUGAAGGUGAAGGAGUUCGAAAAGCAGCUAGAGGCAGAGAAGGAGCAGCAGAAGAAGCAGCAGGAGGUGUUUCAGGACCAGCAGAAGGAACUGAAGGAACUCUACAACCGAGAAAAGCAAUAUGGAAGCGUCAGGUUUGAAAUCGACAAAGUUGAAAUGACUUGUAAUGCAUAAAGUGCAUGACCCGAGGUACGUGUGUUGCAGAGCAGGCACGUGAGGCCGAUUGUAGGCCUCUUUGGGGUUGCAGCUCGAGCUGCUAAAGUAGCAUGAGAAAAUCGCCCUUCUUUGCCUAAACAGUAUGACAAACUGGAUUCAGGGACCACCGAAAUUUGUCAUGCGCCACUUGGAAACUGGGUUCCAACUGGCAUCCAUUUUAUGCAUGACACUUUGUCGAUUUCGAUCCUGACGCUUCCAUAAGCAAGUCGCAACCACUUCGGUCACGGAAAACAAGAAAAUCCUGGACGAGUUGACGAACGAACUGGAUUUGCUGACCGCGCAGAACACGAGUCUGACGAAGGAACACGAGAAGGAACGCAACCUCUUGCGAGAGGAAAUCGCGAAGCUGAAAGCCGACAACCGCAUUCUGGCGGCAAAGUUCGAGGAACUACUGAGCUUCUCCGGUGCGAUGGAGAAAAAAAACCGCAACUUGGUGCUGGGGUUGGCGAAAACAGAAAAGGACCACAGCGGGCUGGUCGAAGACUACUCGGUCUUGUUGCAAGUUGCAGAGCUAUUACAAUGAAAAAUGCCCCCUCCCCAUAUCAAAACGGAAAUCUGUGAUGCAGAUUUGUGGUCACAAAUCAGCUUUGUGAUGCUAGAAGGCAAAAGAUGCGGACUGUAGUGCUGUCUAGCGUGGGAAAGCCUUGCAGCUCCAGGAUGACAGGAGGCAACUGGAAGUGGGAAACAGCAUGACAGAUUACCUGCAAUUUAGGCCACAGCUUCGUCUCUUGGCCUUCUAGCAAUACAGGUCGAUUUGUGUACUCAAAUACAGCAUCACAAGUUCGCGCAUCUUCCGUUUCCGAUAUGGGGUGGGGGCUUUUUUCACUUUGAUAAGAGCAGAGCGCGGGCGGGGCGGGGAGAAGGGCUGGAGGAGGUCGUAGACGCUCCGGUAGCAGUUGUAGACCGUUCUACCCACCUCGCAGUUCCGCGACGCGAAGUGCCUCUGCCUCUGCGCAGGCGCACCAGCACUCCAGUAAUAAGCGCGGCUCCUCAACAACGCCCUCGUCGAGCGCAUCGCGUUCGCCGGGGGGCGUGGGCACCAGCAGGAGUACUAGAAGAGUCUUGCCUACUCGUGGUGGGGCAACUACAUCGCUGCAUGAUCGCGGAAGCGUAAGCUUGACGCCGAGCAGAGCUGCAGCUGCCAGAGGACAGCAUCGUGCUCACGACCCUGAUGGAAAUCCGCCACGACGUGAUGCGCUCUCCCGAGGGCGUGACUUUGUAUUCGAAGGUGUGCUGGAGAAGCCGACAAGCGCAGAUCCGGAAGUGCAGCGAAUUCUGGAUCGUGUUGACGUAUUUCUCACUAACAAAGCACGGGAACGACGCGGAUCGCCGCCCGCUGGUGUGGUCGCCACGCUCUCAUCUCGAGACAGAAUGUGGCGAGCAGAAAAAGCAUCAUCCUCAACAUCUCCAAGCACGACGCGACGGGUUCUGGUGGACGAUUUGCAACCGAGCGGGGCGCCUUUGAGAGCUGCGGGUGGUGGGACAAGAUCGAGUCCUACCUGCUCGCGAGGACAAAACAAAAAACCGCAUCAACCCCGAAGGUGGCAGGAUAUGCAUUGCAAAUAUUUCUGGGCCUGGAAGCAAGGAUCCAAACUUGUCAUGCCAAAUCUGAAGCGGGCUAAAAUGUGUGUUGCAUGACCCGCAAAACUUACCCACUUGCACUUCUUGCAACGGAAACAAAAGGCAAACUUCCCACGCAGAAUAGGCAUUAAGAAGCUCUUGCAAAGUUUCAAUUUGUGAUGCUUUUGGCUGCAUUCGAGUUCGAGAUCUGAUUCUGAUCAUCUCUGGGAGUGGUGGGAUAGUACACGAGAUGCAUGACAUCAAACCUUGCUGCAGCUCUCUUCCAGACCCAGACCACAUAUUUGCACUCGAUACAGGAGCUCGCGAACACAACGCACGACCAGUAUUCUAUGCAUGUUUCCCCGCGAAGCAGCCGUUCGCGGCUCCUUCGGGCAGACAACGACUUCCUCGUCAACGAUCGAGAUUCGCGCCUGAAGUCCGGUCGUUACAACAACAGUCCCAGGCUCGACUUCACCAACAGCAAGGCGUCUUGGAGCAAUAGCUUGCGCUCCACGUCCGAAGUCCUAGGAGGCUUCGGAAAUCUUUCGAAGUUGGAGACCAAGUCACCGACCAAUUCCGUCAGAAAUGGGCGCACGAGCCACAGUCCCUCGGCAAGGAGCCGAAAGGAAAGCAACGCCAGCUUCUUCGACGAUUUGCUACGAACGCACGAUGGAGGUCUGAUGUCGAAGGAACGAAGAUUCAGUCCACGAAGCGCUACAGCGGUUCCCCCGGGCGGCGGGAUUCUUCGUGGCACAGGUAGUGGCAACUACAUGGUCAGCACCUCCCAUGAUAUUUCCCCUCCACGAGGGGACGAGCAGAGACUUCUCGUGUCCCAACGAGGAUCUCCUGGAGGCUCCGGGUCUCCGGCAAGCAAAAAACACGUGGAAAUUCUGGAGCAACUGUCGGAAUUGGAAGAGAUCUUUCUCGAAAAAGCCACAGAAUCCCGGACAAAAGUAGAGAACAUGUCAAAGAACUCAGGCGUUUUUUUCUCCUCGUCGCGAUCACCCGCCGAAGAUGAUGGGCGGACGACACAUCUUCAUAGUUCCUCACAUGGACCACCAGCCCCUGGACCACGGCCACAACAAAGGCCGCUGGCUUUCUCGGACGGAACAUCAACGAAGCCAGAGGACGUCGACCUGCAGCAGGCUUGGACCCAGCUGAUAUCGCGAAACUCGUCUCGCCGCGGCAGCUUGUCAUCCUUGGAAAGCAGCCGGAGGCUGAGGUCCCCACGAAACAGGCUGUCCCUGUCCCCGAAAUGGUAUUCGAGCUCUGCCCGCGGCGUCGUGGCCGCAUCCUCAUCUUCCUCGUCGCAACUGCAGUCUGUCAGAGGUUCCAAAGAAGUGAUCACUGGACGAUCCUCGUCAAGAACUGGAGCUGCUCCGCAGCAGUUUUACUCGGAGCCGGACGGAGCGCCAGCAGCUCCCGUUGUACUGGAAGAUCCCGUAGCUCUGGCGCCCAGUCCCGCGGCACAAGACAAGGAGCAACUGCAUCUCCCACGACCGAGGGGUUGCAGUGGUCACGAAGUACCGCUUGCGCAAAAGUUGCUGCGGUCGCCUCGUCCUCCGACGGUUUUGGGACAGAACCUGUUUAUUGAGUCCUCCUCCUCCGCCUCGGGGCGAGCGAGGUAAAAAAAUAGAUAAAUGCUAUUUUUAGAAGUUGUGAGCUUUUUCGAUUUAGUUUCAGCCUAAGCCUUGUUCUUCUAAUUCAGUAGCUAGCAUGCUGUUGGGCCCGAGUCACAGACACACACACAGACAAAGAAGGUCACAGACAUUGAUGGAUCAUGAUCAAAUGCUGACUCGCAGUUGUACGUUAUCUUCUAAAUCCAUUCAAGAAAUUUCGCUGAAACUACUGCGACUCAUGCUCAUGUGCUUCACAGGAGCAGAAGUCCAUCAGCGCGAAAGAGGCCAGAAUCCGCAAGGCAAAGCGACCCGAACCCUGCCGCUACUCUGAGUUCGCUGUUGGCAGAAAUCGAUGCUGGCUCGGGCCAGCAACUUCAGCAGCAGCAUCACAACGGUUCUACGCUCAUCUCGCUGGCGAAUGCAAACAAUAGUCAAUUAUCGAUUAUCGAGGACCAGCCGUGGAACAAGUCACACUCUCCGAGGAGUAAAUUGUCCCAGCGGUUGCGCUAUGAAUUGCAAAAGUAUCGCACUCGUAUUGCAAUCAUGCAUUGCAAAUCUUUUCCCUAAGGUAAAUCAGCAUCACAAAUUUUUAUUUUAUUUCUCAUGCUGUGAAAAUCAAAAUGAAAAUUUGUAAUGCUAAUGCAUUUAUACGAGUACGAUACUUUUACAAAGCAUAUACGCCUGGGGCCGACAAUUUUAUCACACAUAAAAGACGAAAAUGAAGCGUUACUCCGAAAACAAAUGGAAUCCUUUAGAGGUAUAACAUGAGUACAACUUGAAUUUUUUUUUUGAUGAUGUCCUCCAUCCAUCCUCCAUGCGCUUGCUUGAUGCAGGUCAUAUGUUUAUAGCGAUCUUUUGUCAUCCUCAUCUUUUGGCAAGGAUUUCUGUUUGUCAAGCAGUUAUUUGUUCAAACCAAAGUCCAUAUUAAUUUCCGCAAGGCCCUAAUAUGAAAUGAAAAGAAAUAUUUGUCCUCGCAAUGCACCAUUACAAAUUAAUAAUGAGCUGGAAAUUAGCACUAGUAGUAGUACCUCUUGCUUGCGUUCCAGGUACUACUCGAGAGGACCCGUCUUUUCAAGAAUUGAACGAGUCAACAACGUCGCGGUACGCAGCCCUGGACUCGGUCGCAAAAAUUCAGCGGGAAAAUAUUUUGUUGCUGAAAGCAAAGAUCGAGGCUCUCGCGGCGACGCGGCGAGAACAGCAAAAGGCCGAUACGAAGAUUGUCAGCCAGGAAGACCAUGCAGAUCCCGCCGGCGUUUCCGUUUGAUAGGAGCGGCGACUCUUCAAAGUAGAACAGACGGGGGAAAAUUUGUAAAUCAUUUUGGUCGUAUGUGGGGGCGGGAUCCAGAUCAGGGACUGUGUCUGUGUGCAUUCUAUGCGUCUUUGGAUCGGCGUUCGUGGCGAGCGAUUUUUCUUUUUCUUCACCAGGAAGCCACUUGGUGGCCGCGAUAAAAGAAAAGCUUAAACUAUGUAUACUAUUGCAUUUGCACCCCAGCGGUUGAGUGACAAACAGCCUGACGUGUAUACGAUACAAAAAUCAAAAGAAUUCCAUGUCGACAUUGUUUUUGUUGACCAAAAUCAAAUUUACUUCGUUAGACUCAACACGGCGGAAUAUUCAAGAUGAAAACUUUAUACUUUUAUUUUCAAUGUCGGCGUCUCUAUGUCUAUUCUUUUUCUUGGUAUCGGUAUCGGAGUCAAUCAUCAAUCAAUGCUCUAUUUCCUUGACGAAGGUUUUAUGGCGCCCAAGUAAGUUAUUUCUAUUUGUGAGGGAAACAAGAAGCAUAGGCAUACAGUCUGGGACGCAUGAUCGAUUUUAUUCGAAAGUCGAAACUCUGAAAAUCACACAGCGCAGCUAGAUUUAUUUCUACAGGCCCCCGUUGCUUGUCUGACCGAGGUGCCGGUCUUGGUCGGGACCGGGAGGAAGAAAUCGGCCAAAUGGAGCUACUAGUACUAGGCAC